UGUGCCCGCCGCGUUCCCCGGCAUCGGUGUCCAUAAUGUGUUUCCUGAUUCCGUGUUUGUGGCCCGAGAGGAAACUUCCUCCUGUGCUUAAAUUCGAUUUCGUGGUUUAAAUGUCGUUUGCCCGUGAGCGCGCUGGCGUAGCUGUGCUCCUUUGCUGGUUAAUGCGCUGGCGUAGCGCAGUGAAUGUAUGAAUGGACCUGGGCUUCGUGCUACGGUGGUUUUAGAGGUUUUUUCCUUUCCCUUACAAAAGAUUGCGUUAUGACUCUUACCUGUGAAGUAUUUGAGCUGUAUUUGUGAAUUUUAAUAAAGCUAGAAAUGCAAAAAUAAAGCAUAAGUUGAUGAAGGUGACAUUUCAGUAGGCUGCAUCACCUCUAAUUAGAGCUUCUUUAAGUAGUCUCAACAAGUUUGGUAUGUUUCUUGUAGUUUUUUCUGGACAUUAUCCCGCAAAUUGUGCUCCUGCAGACUGGAAUUUAUUAUCCUUCCGUGAAGCAUGAGUGACUAAUAAACCUGCUAGGUUGGGUUAGUUAAGCAGCUAACUCAUGUAAAUAUUCCUGGCUUGAAAGGAUAUAAGGAGGAAAAGUGACAGAACCUAUUGACAGUUCACUGGAUUAACUAAUAAAUAGGUUUUUGAUUUUUAAAAUUCUUUUUGGUUAUCCUUGUUUACAAAUGGACUGAGUUGCUGCAGAGACUCUGUGGUUUAUGGUGCUGUGGUUUUGUGUAUUCUGGUAGAAAACAGAAUUUCCCAACAUGUGGAAAACAAGUGGCUUUACCUCUGAUGCCUUGGUCAAGCACUCCCUGGGGAGGCCUGAUGACAUAGUUCAGUGUUUGCAAGUUCACCUGAAAGAAAUAACAAAUGACCAGAAGUAAAAACAAAUUUUAUUGCUUUUGCCUUUUUGUAUAUUGCCUUUUAGAGUGAAACCAUAGUUCUAAGAGGAGUUUGGUCUCUCUGAGGAAGCUGAGGGCUUUUGGUUUGGAGGGACAGGACUGUCAGGGCAGUUUGGAACUGACACCUUUCCUGGCUCUGCUGGUAGCUGCUGAAAAACUGAGAGCAAUCCUGUUUUUUCUUGGUUUUUUUUCCUUCUACUUGUUGCAUUGUUAUGGUGCCACUCGUUGUGGUGGUUGCAGGCUUUGAGAGGCAGCAGUUGGUGAGGCAUUGUGCAGAAUUACACUAAUGAGCCUAAUUUCAGCAUCCUGCACUGCAAUCCUUUGGGGCCUCUGCAGCCAUUCCGGGGCUGGAGUGCCCUACCCUGUGGAGCUGCAGGGCUGAAACUGCUCGGGGCUCUCCCCUUCCAGACUGAACGUGCCCUGCUGUGAAACACCUGUGGCAUUUUCAGUUAAAAUCCCGGUGAAGAUUUGUGAAGGAUGUAACUUCAUUUUUGUAACUUCAUUUUUGUAUGAAUGAGAUGCUCUGGGUGGUUGCAGAUAACUCGCUGGAGGUUGAGGGAGUUGUGCCUCCUCUUUGGUGUUGCUUGUUGCAUUACCUGGUCUGUGCUGUACCUGCUGAUGCAUGUGUCAGGCUAUUUCUUGCUUUGUUUGCCCUGGUACUUAGAUGUAAAUCUGGUUAAGGAUAAUUUUGUAUAUAGCUGGGGACAGUAAUUCUUAGGUUAGGAAGCAUGCAACUACAUAUUCCUAAGUACCAGUAUUUUUGUGAUACUAUAUAAUAAAUUUUUAAGUGAUAUGUCAAGAUGCUGAGUUAAUAUAUGAACUAGUUUCCUUCCUACUUUAAUAAACAAUAUACAUAAAUUGUAAAAAUUAUCUUUUCAUGUAAGAAAUUCUGUGUAAUUAAGGUGGUACAAAGAAUUGACUCUCCAGUGCUCUUCACACUGUGAGAAGAGCUGUAAGGUUAAUGUUUCUGUGGUGGAAAAAUGUGUGACUAGCUAGGUCAUUUUAAUAGCUUUAUUUUUAAACUAGGUUUCCUAAAUUCGUUGCUGGUCACAAUGCAGUUUUUUUUACGUGAUUUCUGGAAUAAAUUGUCUGUGAAGAUACCUAUCUGUAGUGAUGAAAUUUUGAUAUGUUGUAGGAGUCUUAAGCAAGCUUUAAAUAUUAUUUUUCUUAAAAUAUUUCUGUUAAUAUUUAGCCUCUUUAGAGACCAUUAGAUAAAUUUUAAAAAACCUAUACUUUUUAAAAUUUUCUUUCACAGACAAUGAUUUGCAAGGAACAAAUAGUUCAGGAUCAUUGGGUGGUCUUGAUGUCCGUAGAAGAAUCCCUAUAAAGCUAAUUUCAAAACAGACCAAUAAAACCAAACCUGCACCUCGAACUCCAAGAAAUAUGAACAGGAUGCCUGCGAAGACACAAGCUGGUGAUGAAGAAGAAUUUGAUUAUAACAAGGAGGAGCGAUACGAAUGUAAAGGAGGUGAAAUGUUUGGCAAUCAAAGGAGAUUUCCUGGACCCAUUUUUUGGGAUUAUAAGAUAAACCUGCUGGGGGAAAAGGAUGAUACACCUGUCCAUUUCUGUGAUAAGUGUGGAUUGCCCAUCAAAAUGUAUGGACGCAUGAUACCUUGCAAGCAUGUUUUCUGCUAUGACUGUGCUAUACUACAUGAGAAAAAGGGAGACAAGAUGUGUCCAGGCUGUAACGAACCCGUGCAGCGAAUUGAGCAGUGUGUACGAGGGUCUCUCUUCAUGUGCAGCAUUGUUCAAGGAUGCAAGAGAACUUACCUGUCACAGAGGGACUUACAAGCUCACAUCAACCACCGUCACAUGAGAGCUGGCAAGCCUGUUACUCGUCCUCCCAUCGAGCCCGUGCAUCCUCCUAUCGCCCCGCCGCCGGCCGAAAUUCCCGAGCGUUUCAUCAUGCCCCCUGAGAAGCAUCACAUGAGCCACAUUCCGCCAAAGCAGCACAUCAUGAUGCCACCGCCUCCUCUGCAGCACGUGCCACACGAGCACUACAACCAGCCCCACGAAGACAUCCGUGCUCCUCCCGCAGAGAUGUCCAUGGCUCCGCCGCCCCCCCGCCCCGUCGCUCAGGACACCUUCCGCAUCUCCACCAGGAAACACAGCAACUUAAUAACUGUCCCCAUCCAGGAUGAUUCCAGCUCAGGCGCUCGAGAGCCGCCUCCGCCAGCGCCCGCACCUGCUCACCAUCAUCCCGAGUACCAGGGUCAGCCGGUGGUGUCGCACCCUCAUCACAUCAUGCCUCCCCAGCAGCACUACGCGCCGCCCCCGCCGCCGCCUCCGCCCAUCAGCCACCCGCUGCAGCACCCUCCGCAGGCGGCAGGCACGCCCCACAUGGUGUACAGCCAGGCCCCGCCGCCGCCCAUGACCUCUGCCCCGCCGCCCAUAACCCCCCCGCCCGGACACAUCAUUGCCCAGAUGCCCCCCUACAUGAACCAUCCUCCCCCGGGACCUCCCCCUCCGCAGCACGGGGGCCCGCCCGUCAAUGUAAACGCUCCCCCUCCCCAUCACUAUAAUCCCAACUCUUUGCCACAGUUCAGUGAAGAUCAAGGAACUCUCAGUCCCCCUUUCACACAGCCUGGGGGAAUGAGUCCAGGGAUAUGGCCAGCUCCAAGGGGGCCGCCUCCACCUCCAAGGAUGCAAGGGCCUCCUACUCAGGCCCCCCUUCCUGGACCACAUCACCCUGAUCAAGCCAGAUACAGACCCUAUUACCAAUGAUACAAGCAACUACAUGAAUAGAGAAUGCCAUGAAGAGGGUAAAACUAAAUACAGAAGCCUUUUAAUUAAUCAUUUUGGGGUUAUUUUGUUGUGGUUUUUUAAGAAUACUGUCAUUUUGACUGUAAGACAUUUUGAGGUUUGAAUCUUAAACGAUUUUUAAGCCUUGGCUGUAGGACUCUUAACUUCAAAAUACUCUGUAGUGCUAAAAUAAGUGGCUUAGUAGACCACAGUUGCAUUUUAACAGAACUCCUGUUGCUAGUGUGGCUAAAUUGUCCUAAGAUGAUCACUUGUAAUAUUAUUUCCUGGAGAAGAUGAACACGUGUUGUACCAUUCUGAAUAUUGUUUUCGUUAAACCCAGUGUUUUUGUUAACCUGUGUACAAUAAUUAAAUUGAAAUAUGGUUGUAAA